AUAGCCAACAAUAGCUCCCCUGAAUACGAGAGACUCUUCUUUGAGGCUGCUGAGAGAAUGAGACAGGCCGCUGAGAGAAUGAAACAGGCCGAGGAGAGAAUGAGACAGGAAUGGAAGCGCGGUCAACGAUCCACAUUCACUGAGCUUCUGUGCUUCUGCCACAACUUACUCUCUCGACCGCUGAGAAUUGAAUCACCAUCUCACUCCACAACAGAACCCAUACCUCUUUCUAUCGGCAAAUACUGUCCUGUGCGACUGGAGCCGUGGACGGAUUGUGCGGCACAGCUGCAAGAAAUCUACAACUCCGUAUGUAGCUAUCUAGAACCAACUGACGGAGAUGGCGCCCGAUUGUUUGUCCCCCGGGUGGUUCUUGAAGAGGAUGCUAGACGAGUGCACCUUUAUCCCAUGGAUGGCGAACGAGCUCUCAGGUACUAUGAGCGCUUUGCUGUGGAGGGACAUGUUUCCGACAUCGUUGCGGAGCUAUGCAAAAUCAAAGCUGCCCAAGAUCAGUUCGGCUUGGGCAAUGGGAUCCGGUUCGAAAAUCACACAAACACCCUGGACGACACCAACCGUAUAGAAGAGGCGAAUAGAAGGCAGCCAUCAACAAUAGAACAUCCGACACCGGAUCAGUUCUGCAUCUACCGAAAUGACGAGGGCACGGACACCCUCCUGACCUCUGUUGAAUACAUACCGGGUCACAAGCUUCCUGACGAAACUAUUCGCUUGGGACUCCGACCGAUGUACGUAUGGCGGGAUAUGGUAUAUUCCAAUAAGAUACCCCGGGAGGGGGAAGAAAAAUUGAAGUACGAUGCAGAAAGACUCGUCUGCUCUGCCCUGGUUCAGGAAUACCAUGUGAUGAUUCAGGAAGGACUUGAGUAUUCCUACGUGGCCAAUGGGACUGCUCGUGUACUUCUUCGCGUUCCAUCCGAUGAUCCCAGUACAUUGUAUUAUUUCUUUUGUGACCCCAACAGAGAAUUGGAGGGCGACAUUGCUCAGAGCCUUCAAGAACCAAAGACCUCGAUUGCCCGGGUACUGUGCAUGUGCUUGAUGGCUUUUGGCUCCACUGUGCGUGGCCAGGAAUGGAGGCAAGCUGCACAGUCGGGGCUGCCUUUGUGGACAAGCAAUUUCGACACUGGGUCUGAGAUCCCUCAGGACGUAUUGCAGCAAAGCGGAUCGCAGUCCGAUUCCUCCUCUAAGCAACGAGUGGCUCAUGAACGCAAGACUAAGGAUAACCGGGGCAGUCAGCCCGGAGGUCACGAUGCGCUAUUUUGCACCCAGCGAUGUUUACUUGGGUUACAGACAGGGGGUAAUCUGGACGACAGUUGUCCCAAUGUGAAGCUUCAUCGUCAAAAUCAAACUGAGGUCAAACACCCCCUCACCUCAGAGAAUUUAGUGCGUUUCCUAAAGGCACAACUCGACGAAAACAUCGAUCGAUGUAUCCCUCUUGGAGGUUGCGGAGCAUACGGAGCGCCGUUCAAACUGACCUGUGUCACAUAUGGCUACACUGUUGUGGGAAAAGGAACAACAUCUGGUCUGUGGAAACAAGUUUCCCGUGAAGCGAAGAUAUACCAAAUCUUGCAAAAGGCUCAAGGAUCUGCGGUGCCGGUCUUUUUGGGAAGUAUCGACCUGUUAAAAACCUACUUUCUUCAUGGGGCUGGAGCGAUUCGUCACAUGCUCGUGAUGGGCUGGGGAGGCGAAACCACUGCAAAGAUGGAGCCGACAUCGUCCCUUGAUCAGGAGAUUCGCAGAUCAAGCGCGGAAAUCGAAGCGUUGGGAAUCAGACAUGAGGACCUUCGACGCGAUAAUAUUCUUUGGAAUGAAGAGUUGGGGCGGGCAUUGAUUAUUGACUUUCAUCGCUCGACUUUCAUAAAUCAGCAGCUGACUUCACAUCGACCACAAAAAGCAAAGAGACGACUAUCAAGCGAAGAGACAAGAGAUGGAAAACGCCUGCAUAUGUCGUAGGGUUGGCACAGCUUGAUCAAUGCGUUCCUCGGAAUACAGCAUUCGUAUACGCCUCAAGCACUUCCCACUAUGUGGUAGGGCAUGCACGCAUACCAAACGACGUGGAACAAACAGGUUAAUACCUGGAAUGAGAAGCGGGGAAUGGCAGAGGGACUCGCAGGCAACUUUGCAAUUCAUUAACUGUUUCUUUCAUUGCUAUGUUCUAUUGUUUUAUCAACUUCUUUCCAUACGUGUG